CUCUAACCCUAAUGAAGAAAUUUUGAACUACCAAAAUAGGCAAGGAAAGCUUUGCGAGCAUUGAAGGGAUUAGUAAGACUUCAAGCUAUCGUCCGUGGCCGAGCUGCUAGACGCGAACUAACCAUGAAAUUGAAGCGUUUGCCAUCUAAUGCAAAAGCACGAAUCCAGGUCAGAGCUAAAAAUAAUACUGAUCAUUACAUAGAUGGCGAAAAUAAGCAAAUUUUCAAAUCCAAGGCAUUGGGAGAUGCAGAUACUAAGGGGAAGAACCAUGAGAAGGAUCUGCAAUCAGUUCAGAUGCUUGAAUGCAAAAGCCAAAGAUGUUGGGAUUACAGUAUGCUUUCGAAGGAAGAGAUGGAAGCCUUAUGGUUCAAAAAACAAGAAGCCAAUAUCAAAAGAGACAGGAUGGGUGAAAUACUCAUUUCACAUCGGGUAAUUGACAAAUAGAAUUUGAUUUAAUUAUAUUGAAUUAUCGUAUGAAAUUCCAAAUGUACUCUUUGGAAUUCCUUCCCAU